AUGAAGCAUUUAUUUGUUGAACUGAAUGAUUUACCUGAUGAGAUUCUUUUAAAUAUUUUGAAAAAGUUGGAUAAUGUUGAAGUACUCAACUCUUUAAUAGGUAUUAAUAAACGGUUUAAUCGAAUUGUACAUGAUCCAAUUUUUACAAGUUAUUUAUCAUUAAUGAAAUAUUCAUCGAAUAAUUCUGUUCAUUAUGCCCUGCCUGAUUCAAUACUUGAUCAAUGUUGUUUACAAAUUUUACCUUCGAUUCAUCAUAAAAUCAAUUGGCUUGAUCUUGAAUUAACUUCCAUAGAACGUAUACUUCUUGCUACGAAUUAUUCGAAUUUAAAUCGACUUGGUCUAUAUAAUAUUGAUAUAGACAAAGCUAUAUCUAUCUUUACUGAUGAAUUUUGUUUAAUUGCUAAAUUUAAAAAUCAAAUUUCAUCGCUUCUUAUCAAUUUCGAUGGCACCGUUAAUCAAACAGCAACAAAAGAUACGCAUACACUUAUAUUUACACAAAUCUUGACUAAGUUUACUAAUCUAAAGUCUUUGAAUUUUGAUCAAUCUUCUGUUUCAUUUCGACGAUUAUCUUUUUCGCUAUCACCUCCGACUAUUAUUUCUUCAACUCUAUUAGAACUAUAUGUAUCUACACGAAAUUUCAACGAUUGUCUCUACUUACUUGAUGGACAUUUUCCUCAACUUCAUACACUUGAUAUUGGUAUAUAUCAUAUCACUACUACUAAUUUAACAAUUCAUGAUAAAGAUAAAUUACCAAAUUUACGAUGUUUUUCUUUACAUUGUGAUAUCGAUGUAGAUGAUUAUGAUAAACUGAUUAUACCACUUUUACAUAGAAUGUUAAAUUUAGAAAAACUUGAUUUGUUGCUUCGAGUAUAUCGUGAAAAAGGAUUAAUUGAUAUGAAUGAAUUAAAAAUGAAUAUUAUUAAUUAUAUGUCACAAUUAAACAAAUUUAUAUUAAACAUUUUUUCACAUAAUACUCUUCCUAUUCAAAAUAGUUCACCAUUAAAUGAAAAUAAUGAUAAUAUAAUUAAAUAUUUAUAUAAUAAUCAAAUAAUUUCUUGCAUUGAUUAUUUUCCAGAAAAACAAUAUAAUCAAUGUCUUAUUUAUUCAUAUCCAUAUACAUUGGAAUUUUAUAAUAAUAUAUCAAAUAAAUUUCCAGGUGGUUUAUUUAAAUAUGUACGUGAAGUAUCGUUAUACGAUGAAUAUCCUUUUGCACAUGAAUUCUUUAUUCGAAUUCAAAAAUCAUUUCCAUUGAUGAAGAAAUUAACUAUAAUUAAUGAAAAAGCACAAAUUAAUAAACAAUGUAUACAAUCAAACUAUGAUAAUCAAUAUUUAUCAAUUAUUGAAUAUCUUCAUCUUACUACACUUAUCCUUAAUAAAGUUCAUGAUGAUUAUAUUGAACUAUUUCUGGAUCAUACAAAAAUGUGUUUGUCAAAUAAUCUUUUUCUUUAUGUUACGUAUCGUUCGCUGGAAAGAGUGACUCAUCAUUUUCAAAGAGAAGCAACACAAAUCAAUUGUACAAAAUUACGUUGUUUAUCUAUAAAUGGCAUAUCUUCAAUUCCUGAUCAUGUCAAAAACUAUUUUCCUAAUACAAAGAUGUAUUCUCUUAAAUAA